UCAUAGAAAUACAACAAAAAACUAGAUAAUGAGAAUUUACAGGGAAACAUCAGAGUCCUCAUAGCAUGACGCUUUUUACACUUCUCAGACACAAGAACAAGCUACAGUGAUUAAUCAUAACUCACGUGAAAAACAGAAAAUCUAUAAAAGAGGUCUACUUGGAAAAAAUGGCAAGGCUGCACCCUGUUGGGUAAAGUUAUAUGUUUACUAUAACACUGAUCGUGGAGUUCACAAACUAAAAAAAAGAAUAACCCCGAUUAAUGUGGCACGGAUGUUGUUAAGAACUAAGCUUCAAAAACUUUAAUACAAAACAAUGACAACACAUCACUCAAGAACACCUCAUACUACUAUUUUCAUUGAGAGCGUUGAUUGCUUCCUCCAAUGAAAAGGAAAAAAAUUACAUAGCUCCUCCCAAUGAACUGCAAAACGUCCCUCCCCUUCAUGAAACGCAGACGGUGGCUGCGUUGUUCUACGUGAUAGUCCAUUUAGCGGGUAAAUUCGAGCGGAUAUAACUGUGCUGAUUAUCUUCAGGUUGUAACAGGGUAAAAGUACUUUAAAAGAAUGGAAGAGACCUGCAUAGUACAGCAAGACAGUCCAGUUGAAGUACAGAGAUGUCAUUCGUUUGGAGAUUACUGUGAUGAGCAGCUGUCAGCUCUGCCUGAAAAACUGCAACAAAUGCUACUGCCUUUCCAAAAGGAUGGUUUCAAGUUUGCUGUAGAGAGAGGUGGAAGGUGCAUGAUAGCAGACGAGAUGGGUCUUGGGAAGACAGUACAAGCCAUUUCUGUGGCAUAUUUUUAUAAAGAAGAAUGGCCUCUUUUAAUUGUAGUCCCAUCAUCUUUGAAAUACCCGUGGAUAGAAGAACUGGAGAAAUGGAUUCCAGAAUUAAAUCCUGAUGAUAUCACCCUAAUUGAGCACAAAGCUGACACUGGGAGAAUCUCUACCAGUAAAGUUGUUGUUCUGGGCUAUGGCUUGCUGUCAGCCGAUGCACGGAUGUUAGUCGAUGCUUUGUACAGACAGAACUUCCAGGUGGUUGUGGUUGAUGAAUCUCACUACAUGAAGUCAAGAAAUGCCACCAGGAGCAAACUACUGGUACCAGUAGUGCAGAAGGCAAAACGUGCCAUUCUUCUGACAGGGACACCUGCACUGGGAAGGCCUGAAGAGCUCUUUAUGCAGAUUGAUGCCCUUUACCCGAGGAGAUUUGGCACUUGGAGUGAAUAUGCAAAGAGAUACUGCAAUGCUCAUGUCAGGUAUUUUGGUAAAAGGACUCAGUGGGACUGCAGAGGGGCUUCAAAUCUUGAUGAGCUUCACCUUCGCCUCAACUGUAUAAUGAUCAGACGUUUAAAGGAUGAGGUCUUAACCCAGCUCCCAGCCAAAAUCAGGCAGCGCAUUCCCUUUGACCUUCCCAAAGAAGCUGCAAAGGAAGUGACUGCCAGCAUUGAGGAGUGGGAGAAAUUAAUGAGGAUGCUGGAUUCGGGUGCAGCUGAGACUGGUAACCCUUUUAUUGAAGUCAUGGGGCUCAUUACCCGGAUCUACAAACAGACUGCUGUUGCCAAGGCUGGGGCAGUGAAAGAUUACAUUAAAAUGAUGCUGGAGAAUGAAAAGUUGAAGUUCCUUGUUUUUGCCCACCAUUUGACAAUGCUUCAGGCUUGCACAGAGGCUGCGAUAGAAAGCAAGGCUCGUUAUAUUCGUAUUGAUGGCAGUGUUCCAUCAUCUGAGAGAAUCCAUCUUGUUCAUCAGUUUCAAAAUGACCCUACAACCCGUGUAGCAGUUUUAAGUAUUCAAGCAGCAGGACAGGGCUUAACAUUUACUGCUGCAACACAUGUGGUUUUUGCUGAACUGUAUUGGGAUCCUGGGCAUGUUAAGCAAGCUGAAGACCGAGCUCACCGCAUUGGGCAAAAAAGCUCUGUCCAUGUUCACUACCUUAUUGCAAAAGGAACACUGGACCCUCUUAUGUGGGGAAUGCUGAACCGGAAGGCUUGUGUUAUGGGUAACACAUUAAAUGGUAAAAAGGAGCGAUUAAAGGCAGAAGAAUGUGAUAAAGAAAAACGGGACUUCUUAAGUUUUUCCAAGGCAUGGACUCCAAAUGAAAUCCUUCUGCAGAAUAAAGAUGACAUGUUCUUUACUCAUUUUGAGAAAGACAAGCAGCAUGACAUCCGCUCAUUCUUUUCUCCAAAAUCUGAUGCAGCGAAGAAAUGCAAAAGGUCAUCUGUGGAAAUACCUGCAGAAAUAACCAAAGCACAAGAGCCUGUUGAUCUUACUGAACCAGGUGAAAUUAAAAACCAUUUCAGCUGUGAAGAAAACAGGGAAGUAGUAAGUGAGCAAAUAUUGAAAGACCCAGACUUUCAACCAGAAGCAAAACGCUUCAGAACUCAAGGAACACCAUCUCAAAGCAGGAAUAAUGCAUUAAAAAGGAAAUCUCGGAGCGGAAAACCAAAACUUAUAUUUACUGUUAAGAAAAGUGGACAGCUGGCUAAUGGGGUGAAUCUUAAACCCAGUGGUGCUUUGGAAAAGUUCUGGAACUGCACUGCUUGCACUUACAGUAAUAGUCCUUUGUUGCCAUAUUGCGAAGUUUGUGAGAUACCACGAAGCAAUAAUAAUACUGAAAAAGAGAAUCCACACUCAAAUGGUAGUCAUGCUGGGAGACCGGUACCGAAAGGAGAUGAAGACUGUGUUGUUAUUUCUGAUUCAGAGGCAGAGAAUGAAGAGAAAAAUGGGCUGUUAGUCCCUGAGAAUCUAUGUUAUAAUGAAAGCGAAAGCAGAGAAAACAAUAACUCUGAUGCAAAUGAACCCAAAGAUUCAAAUCAAAACUGCACAUCUCCUGAAGAUGUUCAGAAUGAGAAUUCCGAAAGCAGCAGCAUUCCACCGUAUGAUUCCCUAAUGUUCUUUGCAAGCAGAAAUACUGACAGGAUUUAUAUUUAUAAGGAUGGAAAGCCUUUAAACUGUAAUUUUAUUCCUAUGGACAUAACAUUAGAAAACUGGGAAGAUUUACCUGAUGUAUUUCAUCAAAAACAGAACCGCAUUUUGAUACUGAGAUUUGUGAGGGAGUGGUGCAGUUUAACAACUAUGAAACAGAGAAUUAUUAGAAAAAGUGGUCAGAUAUUCUCCAGCCCCAUAAUGGUUUGUGAAGAUAUUUCGAAAGAGCAGCGCAGGUCUGGCAGCACCAAAAGGUAUCUAUCAAAGGAUGAUGUAGCAAAGUCAUCCAUCAAGAAAGCACAUAUGGAAGGGGGAAGUGUUCGAGUCAUCAGAAAGGAGUCGAAGUUCACAAGUCAACAAACAGAGACUAGUGGUUCAGCAGAAGAUUGUUCCAGAAUGAGAUCUUCUGGUGGCACACAAGAAACAGAAGUGCUGACUUCAUAUUCUUCUCCAGACAAGGAAGCAUCAGAUCGUCUCUCAACAUGUGGGUACCUACAAGCUGUAGACAAAGAAGGGAACCCACUCUGUGUCAGUUGCUAUAAGCCAGCUUCCCAUGUUAAAGAACAGAGCAGCACCACAGCAUGGGACACACGAUUCUGCUCUCUGGAAUGCCAGGAGGACUUCCAAAUUCGAUCUAGUCAGUCCUAUAUGAGAGCCAAGGUAUUUGAGAUUGAACACGGUCUCUGUCAACAUUGUGGCCUCAAUGCACAGGAACUUUACCUCCUCGUUCGAGAUGCACCAAAAGUGAAGCGGAAGGAGCUGCUGGAGAGCACAUGGUUGUCUCAGCUUCCCUUGGAGCAGCUGAAUGAACUGAUUAGGAAUCCUACAGAAGGUCUGUUCUGGCAGGUAGACCAUAUCAAACCUGUUUACAGUGGAGGUGGACAGUGUUCCUUGGAAAACUUACAGACACUCUGCACUGUAUGCCAUAAGGAGAGGACUGCAAAACAAGCAAAAGAGAGAAGCCAAAUGAAAAGACUUUCAGCUGCCUCUAAACAUGGGACUGACAUCACAAAAUUUUUAAUUAAGAAAUGAGGCUUAACACUGUCAUCUAAAAAUGUUCACAAAUGUGUUUUGAUUUGUUUUUAACUACUGAUAUAUUGUAUU